AUGACCACUCAGGAUAGAAGUUUCGCGCAGGGACGGACGGACAGGAACGCUGACGAAUUGAAUCACGAAACAGGUGGAAAGCAUUUCAGUCGCGAUGCCCAACCAACCGACAAAGAUGGAAACCCCGUGAGCUUAUGGCGGGAAACCCAAGACGAAAUUCCCUCCUCCGAUGAAGAAGAACAAGAAGAAUCUGGCUCUGGCUCUGGUUCCGACGAAGAAUCCUCAGAGGAAGAAGGCGAAGACAAAGCCGGCCCCAGCACCUCAGCCGCCGCCAACAUGACCCGUGAAGAGCGCCGCGCCGCCGCAAAAGCCAAAAAGCAAGCUGCCAUCACAAAGCGCAAGCAAAUGGCCCUUCAACCGGGCGACCUCCCACCCUCAGACUCCGAAGACGAGAAUGACGUGAAGGGGAAGAAUGGCAGCGAGAGCGAGGGUAAGGGUGAGGGCGGCGAGCUACCCGCAAACCCCAAUCACACGGCCUCGUCGCGCAAGCAGCUGGAGAAGACGGACGAAGAGAGCAAGCCCAAGAAAGACCUGUCGCAGCUGUCGCGUCGGGAGAGGGAGGCUCUUGAGGCGCAGCAGGAAAGGGAGCGGUAUAUGAAGCUACAUGCGGAGGGGAAGACGGAGGAAGCGCGGUCGGAUUUGGCACGACUGGCGCUUGUCCGGGAGCAGAGAGAGGCAGAACGGGCUCGGAAGCAGGCUGAGAAGGAAGAGAAGGAGGCAUUGGCCAAGGAGAAGGCGGCUGCGCGCGAGGCGCUUUUGGCCAAGAAAAAUACUAAUAAGAAAGGCGGGGGCAAGAAAAAAUAA